AGGAUUCACACAGGGGAAAAGCCAUUCACAUGUACAGUGUGUGAAAAAAGUUUUACACAAAUAAGUAGUGUGAAAAUUCAUGAAAUGAUUCACACAGGGGAAAAGCCUUUCACAUGUACAGAGUGUGGAAAAAGUUUUACACGAAUAAGUAGUCUGAAAACUCAUGAAAGGAUUCACAAAGGAGAAAAGCCUUUCACAUGUACAGAGUGUGGAAAAAGUUUUACACAAAAGAAUGAUCUGAAAAGUCAUGAAAGGAUUCACACAGGAGAAAAGCCUUUCACAUGUACAGAGUGUGGAAAAAGUUUUACACAAAAGAAUGAUCUGAAAAAGCAUGAAAGGAUUCACACAGGGGAAAAGCCGUUCACAUGUACAGAGUGUGGAAAAAGUUUUGCCCAAAUGAGUCAUCUGAAAAAUCACUACAAAAUUCAUACAGGUGAGAAACCACACACAUGUACUGAGUGCGGCAAAUGUUUUACACAAAUGGAUAAUCUUAACACUCAUAAAAAUAUUCACACAGGAGAAAAGCCUUUCACAUGUACAGAGUGUGGAAAAAGUUUUACACAACAGAGUGAUCUGAAAAAGCAUGAAAGGAUUCACACAGGGGAAAAGCCAUUCACAUGUACAGUGUGUGAAAAAAGUUUUACACAAAUAAGUAGUGUGAAAAUUCAUGAAAUGAUUCACACAGGGGAAAAGCCUUUCACAUGUACAGAGUGUGGAAAAAGUUUUACACGAAUAAGUAGUCUGAAAACUCAUGAAAGGAUUCACAAAGGAGAAAAGCCUUUCACAUGUACAGAGUGUGGAAAAAGUUUUACAAAAAAGAAUGAUCUGAAAAGUCAUGAAAGGAUUCACACAGGAGAAAAGCCUUUCACAUGUACAGAGUGUGGAAAAAGUUUUACACAAAAGAAUGAUCUGAAAAAGCAUGAAAGGAUUCACACAGGGGAAAAGCCGUUCACAUGUACAGAGUGUGGAAAAAGUUUUGCCCAAAUGAGUCAUCUGAAAAGUCAUGAAAGGAUUCACACAGGAGAAAAGCUAUUCAGAUGUACAGAGUGUGGAAAAAGUUUUACAGAAAAGAGAGAUCUGAAAAGUCAUGAAAGGAUUCACACAGGAGAAAAGCCUUUCACAUGUACAGAAUGUGGAAAACGUUUUGCACACAUGAGUCAUCUGAAAAGCCAUGAAAGGAUUCACACAGGGGAAAAGCCGUUCACAUGUACAGAGUGUGGAAAAAGUUUUGCCCGAAUGGAUAGUCUGAAAAGUCAUGAAAGGAAUCACACAGGAGAAAAGCCUUUCACAUGUACAGAGUGUGGAAAAAGUUUUACACAAAAGAGUGAUCUGAAAAAGCAUGAAAGGAUUCACACAGGGGAAAAGCCUUUCACAUGUACAGAGUGUGGAAAAAGUUUUGCACACAUGAGUAAACGGAAAACUCAUGAAAGGAUUCAC